GUGAAGUUGUUACUGGCUCACAAUUUUCAAAUUCAAACAAACGUCACGAUGAGUGACUUGAUAUCAAUAAUUUCCGCCGUUGCGCAAAAGGGUCUAGUAACAUAUACUAGUAUGAAAGAUUUGGUAAAAGAUGCCGUUAACGUUGACGUCAGACCUGAGGCGUCAAAUAAUGUUGUCAACGUUGCCUCAAACUGGGGUAUCGUCCCUGUAGCUAUUCUGUUGAUUCUUCAACUGCCUGAUCCGAGUGGCAACGUUCGAUUGGUAGUGGAGUUUCUUAAAAUGUUAUUCCUUUUCAUUCCGCUUCCCCUCCUACUCAUGCAUUUCUUGAAUAAAGAUUCUACGGAUGAACGAGAUGAGGGAAGGCAUUCGUCCGAAACAGAUUUACUACCCCCUACAAGUUUGAUUAUCCUGGGAAAUCCUGGGGUCGGAAAAUCCACACUUCUUAAUGGAAUUCUCGGAAGAGCGCAUUUCACGUCUGGCGUCACUUUCGAAGGGACUCUGACGUUAACAUCAAUUACAGAACAAGACGUUCUUGGAAAUAGACUGAUUGAUACUCCUGGCCUAUCCGACCUUGCUACAAGGAAAAAUGCGGCCAGGGAAAUAACCAAUGCAAUCCGCGAAAACUCCAACAGUGGUCAGAUGAAACUAGUGUUUGUUUUGACACUAGAGCAAGGACGAGUUCGCGCAACGGAUUCCACAACAAUCAAGCUGGUGCUCGACUUCUUGCCCAAAGGCACUCCGUACGGAAUUGUGGUAAACCAGAUCCCUUCCAACACUUGCAAAAAAUUGUUUUCAAAUCGUGAGAAUCAACUGAAGCUGUUUACCAUCCUCAAUUAUGGUCGCGAGAACAAAACACCACAUAUUUGUUUGGUUAGAUACGAUGAUGAGCUAUCAGGAGAGGAUAAUGCUGUUCCUUCAUGUAACAACGAGCUCGUAAACUUUAUCAAUCAUAGUAUCCCAUACGUAAACGCUUUCGAAAUUGGCGAUGAUGCUGGCGUGCAGGCUACGGAGUGGGGCCAGGUAAAAGAAGAAUUGGAAGCAUACAUUUCGGAACUCAGAAGAGACGCAGAUUUGAUGAAGCAAGAAAAGGAGAAAUUCGAAAAACUUUAUAAACAAGAGUUGGGCAUUGAAACCAAAUGGACAGCAGGUACUGUAAUGUGGUUGGCAUAUGGAACAAUCUUGAUUGCAUGUGAAAUUGCUGUGACAUUUCUUCUCUAGUGGCUUGAAAAAAUCCUGGAUGGAUGUGGAACGGGCAUUGGGUGUCCAAAGGUACAUCAUAUGCUGGGUUGGCGCCCGGCCCGUAAAUAAUAUAUUUGUUUCCUGUAUGGUAUGACAUGAAAUGGCAUCUACAUAGCCAAAAGAAAUGUUAUGAUGACCUUUGAUGCUAAAAAAGGAAGAGAUUUAUUCCUUCUGAAGAUGUUUGAAGAGAAUUCGCAAGAAAGGAGAAAGUUGAUCGAUCAAAACAUUGUCAUCAAGAUCAAGAAGUAUUAAUUUGUAGUAAAGCAGAACAUAAUGC